GCAAGGCAUCUCCCCCGUCACUGACGGUGUGGUCCCACCUCUCCUUAUAUAAAAAUCCUACCCAAAAAACCCGCUCCAUUUCCAAACUGCAACUACAACCCACACAAUCGACCCACCACACAUCUCCUACCGGAUUUUGAUUCAAGAAAGGGGCUUCGUUUGGCUACCAUCAUCGGCGAUGAGCUCCAGGAUGGCCGGAUCCGUCCUCCUCCGCUACGUCGGCCCCCGCCUCUUCACCGCGGCGUCGAUCUCUCCGGCGGCGGCGAGGCCACUGCUGGCCGGCGGCGAGGGCAUCCCGGCGGUUAUGGUGCGGCUGAUGUCCACGUCCUCCCCCGCCGCCGCCGCCACCGCCUCGGAGGCGAAGGAGGGAGGCGAGAAGAAGGAGGUGGCGAUCAAAAGCUACUGGGGGAUCGAUCAGACGAACAAGCUGCUGCGGGAGGACGGCACCGAGUGGAAGUGGACUUGCUUUAGGCCAUGGGAGACGUACACGGCGGACACGUCGAUCGAUCUGACGAAGCACCACGAGCCCAAGACGCUGCUCGACAAGAUCGCCUACUGGACCGUCAAGUCGCUGCGUUUCCCCACCGACAUCUUCUUCCAGAGGAGGUAUGGCUGCCGGGCGAUGAUGCUGGAGACCGUGGCGGCAGUGCCGGGGAUGGUGGGCGGAAUGCUCCUCCACUUGCGCUCGCUCCGCCGCUUCGAGCAGAGCGGCGGCUGGAUCCGAGCGCUGCUCGAGGAGGCCGAGAACGAGCGCAUGCACCUCAUGACCUUCAUGGAGGUGGCGAACCCGAGGUGGUACGAGCGCGCGCUCGUCAUCGCCGUCCAGGGCGUCUUCUUCAACGCCUACUUCCUCGGCUACCUCCUCUCCCCCAAGUUCGCGCACCGUGUCGUCGGCUACCUCGAGGAGGAGGCCAUCCACUCCUACACCGAGUUCCUCAAGGACCUGGAGGCCGGCAAGAUCGACAACGUCCCCGCCCCGGCCAUCGCCAUCGACUACUGGCGCCUCCCCGCCAGCGCCACCCUCAAGGACGUCGUCACGGUGGUGCGCGCCGACGAGGCUCACCACCGCGACGUCAACCACUUCGCAUCGGACAUCCAUUACCAGGGCAUGCAGCUGAAGGAGUCCCCUGCGCCGAUCGGAUAUCACUGAGGCUGUUUGUGCUCUGCUGAAUUUUGCAUCGCUAAUUAGAAAAUGAGCGUUUCAUUUUUAUGGGAAAGCAAAUGAGAACUGGUUAUUGGUAAAUUUGGUAUAGGAUUUCUGAACUGCUGAGUACUCCUACAACGGCAAAAAUUCAAAAAUAAACAACAUACAUUACCGUAUUUAUCAAAAUAAAUAAUAUAUCGAUAUAUUUAUAAAUCUAG